AUGACCACUUCCAACCCUGGAGCGAACAGCUCCCUCGCCUCCAUGAUGGAGGACCCGUUCGUUUCAAAUGCGGGACAACAUGCCGCCCCUCGUGAAUCCCACCGCUAUUCGUCCUUCGAUACACAGCUUUUCAGCCUCAAUGCUUCCUCUCCCGCCCAGGCCAAGCGAGCCCUCGAGGCUCAUCUCGCAGAAACCGAACGUCGACUAGAAGAAGCAUCCAAAUUAGGCACGGCCCUCAUCGACCAACAGCGAGAACUAUCAGAGCAGCUGAAGGAGGUCGAACAACAGCAGGACGACAGCGAGAUGGGCCCGGAGCUGCGAAAGAGACUUGCUGAUCUGGAGCAUGAGUAUAACGAAAUCGGCCGGGAAUCGGCGCGCGCAUUUUUAGGCCCAAAACGGCUGGCAGGAGGCUCCGAGGAUGCCCAUCCAGGUACUCCGUCGUUUGACCAAAAGUCACCUAUCAGCCCCGCUCUUUUCGCAGGACAUGCGACAAACUCUCCCAGCAAAGUCAGUGUUCCAUCUCGCAAGCAGCGCAAUCAGCCCGCAAACCGUGUCCACGAUAUCGAGUUCGCGACCGAGAUAUCCACCUCUUUACUCGCCCAGGUCCGUCAAUUGCAGGCGCUCUUGGCCGAGCGCGAGGAGUCCCUUAAAUCUGUCAACCUAGAGAAGUCCCGUUUGGAGCUUGAGGCGGAAGGCUAUUCCCAACGCAUACGGGCCCUUGACGACAGCGAGCAGCGCUACAAAGAUGAAAAUUGGGCACUGGAGACUCAAACCCAUGAGCUGAUGGCAGCUGUUCGUGAUGCAAUGGAACGUGAGCAGAAGCUUAAUAGCAGCCUUGACACCUCAAGCUCAGAAAAGAAUGCCGUUGAACGUGAAUUGGAGGAGCUCCGACAGACCAAUGCGAAGCUGUUGGAGGACCAGGCAAUCACUCAGAAAUCGAAUGAUACCGAAGUCCACCUCUUGCGUCGGAAUCUGAAUGCUGGUGAUCUGGAGAAAUCUGCCCUUCAGAAGAAGCUGGAAGAACUCACCUCGCAGAACCAAGAGUUGGCCAAGGCAGUUGCGAUGCGUAUUCGUCAACAUGAAUCACAAGAAGGUCGAGACCUUCCGGAUGACAUGAAUGGUGACGAACCCGAGCAAAACACCCCGGACAAUUCCCCCCUCCGUCGCCAAACAAGUUUACCCCACGACACGAAUCUUAAGAGCACCAUUCACCGAGAGAAGACCGAGAAGAUCGAGCUCAAGCGCAUGUUGCAAGAUGCCCGAGAUGAGGUUGAGCAGCGUCGCCGUGAAAGCGUCGCGCCUAACGGAACCAAGAAACCUCUGAAGAAGAAGGAUGACUCUUUCAGGAAACCUGCACGGCCCGAUCUUUUGGGCGCAGGUCGCAAGGAAACGUCCAUGGUUGAACUUCACGACACUGACUGGGAGGAUAACGCUGGCCAGAUUAGUCCAUCUCGCCCAGUGGCAAUGAAUGGCGCCUCUAGCAGCCGCUCUGGCGCGCAUUCUCCCGACGAACCCAGUGAUGUUUACCAGACUGCUACUGAAGCUGAAGAUGGAUUCGAGACCGCAAAUGAGCGUGCGACCGCAACCGAGAGCGAGGCCUUCCAAACCGGCGUGGAAAGCAUGGCAGACGAUAGUAGCGACUCUGCGGACCUAACUGAAACCGAGAACAAUGUGCAAACUACCCCCCGUAACCGCGUUGCAUCAUCUUUGGUGAUGGCUAAAGCCCGUGAUCGAAGCUCCUACCAUAGCUCGGCCUCUACAUCAGAUGACGAUGAGACUGACAGCGGAUUCCCAUCCCCCAGCCAAACACAUAUCUCUCGGCGUGUUAGCAGCCGUCCAUCGAGUGCCCGCAACUCUCCUGCGCCCAGCUUUGAGCAACAACCAAUGGCUGGAGAGGGUCAGAGCCUGUUUGCAGAGCUUGCAGAGCUUGAAGGCGGCGAGGAGGAGGAGGAUGAAGGAGCCGUAUCGCAGGCCUCGACACCACGCAUGCAAGCUGCCACCCUCGGCUCCCGCAGACCUUCUGAAAUUACCCUUAACGACCUGCCCAAGCCCAUCAUGGUAGACAGCGGUAUGAUGACUGAGCCCUGGGAGCCACAGACUCCCACGGCUUCCCAUGUUCCUGUGCCCAUCCCUGUCACCGAAGAGGUCAUUCCCAAGGCUUCUCCGGCUACUCCGCAGAGAAACCAGACCUUGGAUCGUGAAAUCGAAUCCGAAGCAGAGGAGACCCCUAAGCUGGUCAGCUCAGGCACCCAGUGGACACCGCUGAAAGGACCUGCCAUCGAUAGUGACCACCUUUCUAAUGUUCCCACACCACCUAAGAUGGCCUGGGAUGAGAAUUCUGAGUCACAGCGAGUCGAGGCUGGCACCCAGGCGAGCCUACCAGAGCUUGAUGUCGCAGUGAUUCCUUCGCAGGAGACAGUGCCUGUUCUUCCUAGCUGGCCCAAGUUGGAAGUUUCUUAUCUUCCCGGAGACGAGACUGUACCCGUGAAACAUGAGGUUUCCGAGCCCGAGGUUCUAGAAUUCAGAGUCUCCUCGAUUUCCUCGCAAGCCACCGAGCCUGUCUUGGCUACUGUGCCUGAGCCUGAGCCAGUGAUUGUGGAACCAGUGAAAGAGUUGCCGGAGAUCUCUUUGUCCUCUCUCUUCACCUACUCCACCGAGCCUAUUCAGGCACGCCUCCCGGAGCCUGAACCAGUGUUGGAAGUUCCUGAGGUUGUUCUGCCUGAGUUGGGACUUGCCACUCUCUCCACUCAACACACUGAACCCGUGGAGCCUCAACACCCCGAGCCAGCUCCCGUGCCAGAGCCCAUCAUCAUUCCCGCACCUUUGCCCGAGCCAGUCAUCCUAGACCUGGGCAUCUCGAUGCUAAAUUCCGCAUCUACGGAGCCGAUUGCCCCGAGGCUGGUCGAGAUCCCUGUCCCAGAGCCCGUACCCGAGCCGGUCAUUCCAGAAUUGACCAUCUCUUGGCUGGACCCUGCCUCAACAGAGCCCAUUGCCCCGAGGUUGAUCGAGGUUCCUGUCCCAGAGCCUGUGCCCGAGCCAGUCAUCCCAGACCUGAGCAUCUCGACGCUUAAUUCCGCAUCUACGGAGCCGAUUGCCCCGAGGCUAGUCGAGAUCCCUGUCCCAGAGCCCGUACCCGAGCCGGUCAUUCCAGAAUUGACCAUCUCUUGGCUGGAUCCAGCCUCAACGGAGCCAGUGGUACCUUCCCCAAUUUCGAUUCUCGCACCCCCACCUCCAUCGAUCUCUACCUUGAGCUCGGUCGAAACCCAGCCCGUCAAAUCUGUGCUCCCAGUCGCUCCCCUAAUGGCAGAAUUGGGUAUCCAAACAGAACCCAUGGAGGAGCCAAAGGCGGCGGCGGUGGCUCUGCCUGUUCCUGUGACGACUAAUGAAGCUUCUACUGAGUCUACCCGCGAACGUAAUAGCACCGGUGCAAACGAUCGACCCACAAGCAUUGGCCUGGCUCUGAGCGACAUAUCCGGAAAUGCUUUGCCCCAGUCUGCUAUAGAAACACCGGGCUCUGUGAGCAUGGAUCAAGGCUCACAGACCAUUCUGUCUUCGCAGCAGAUCGAUCAGAUCCUCAUUGACCGAGAGGCCGCACGUCCAAUUUCCUCCGCCAGCAAGUCAAGAGAUAUGGCUGUUGUGGGGGCAGCUGCAGCUGCAGCAGCGGCUGCUACUGCAACAUCCCCUUUCGCCACUCCCAAGUUCCGACCUCGUCCUCAAGGGCAGCCAUCAGCUAGAUCGUUGACCCCCGGGCAGCAACGACCUGACAGCGCUACCAGCCAGGCAUCGAAUCUCAGCGUUCACCCACCACUGCCUGCCGACCACCGCGAGGCCAUCUUGGCUGCCGAGAAGAAGUCGGUCGAUAUACCCCCUCCCCCAUCUCCAGGCGCGAUGGGUCCUCCCUUGGCACCGGCUUCCGCCUACCGCAUGAAUGUGCAAGGGCCCCGGACUCCGGGAGACCAAGUGCCCCGGCCAGGCUCAACGAGGACUGUCUCUACCCAAGCGCGGGUGAGGAGAAGCAGCCAAAGUGGAGUGUCAAGGAGGUCUUCCGUUUCCUCAUUUGCAUCAGAGCUGGAGGAGCGGUUUAACAUUAACAACCCUCACGCUGGUCCUAUGCCCCAUGGAUAUGGUCCCAACACAGAUCCCCGCAUGAUCCAAGCAAUCACGCAGACCAUGAUUGGUGAAUUUUUGUGGAAGUACACCCGGAAGACCGGAUCAGGAAACAUGUCGUCAACCCGUCAUCGACGCUACUUCUGGGUUCACCCUUACACGCGUACUUUGUACUGGAGUGAGCAGGAUCCUCAAUCGGCUGGAAAGAGCGAACUUCGAACAAAGAGCGUUCCUAUUGAGGCUGUGAAGGUUCUUGCGGACGACAACCCAUACCCCCCCUGGUCUACACUACACGAGACUUGGUUCAAUGCGCUGUCAUAUCUCCUUUUGCGAGAGUCGAACGAUAAUUGCGACGACAGUGAGAACAAUGUGACUUUGGAUGAUAUUGAUGAAUUCAACCCCGGCUUCCGCUCAGCUUCGCGUCAGACAGGUCGGAUGUCUCUUGCGUCCCACAACAGCCGUCGCCCAGCACCGAAACAGCGGGCGGCCUCUGCGAUGUCCACGCGGUCUACUGGAACCCACGGGCGCGCAUCUCCCGCAUUCAGUUCCCCGGGCGUCAACUCCUCAUUGCAGGUUCCCGAGGAAGGACAACAACGAUCCUCAUCUCGCCUCAGCACAAUCCUUACUGGCUCGAUUCGUGGCUCGAUUGCUAGCCUGAAGGGACGCCAUGGUCAAGCCGACAGCGUUCAUAAUGGAAGCCUUCGCGGCCAGGAUAGUGUGGAAAACUUUGGUCACGAGGCUGAAGAUGAUGACCGACUCGAAAACGUCCGCGCAUGCUGUGAUGGAAAACACGAUGUUGGCUCCCUUUCUCGCACCAGUCGAUUCAGUCCAAGGGUGGAUCGCCAACACUCCCAUCAUUGA